AUGGAAAUGAGAGAGAGAGACUACCGAGAGACUACCAAGUUCAAGAAUCUGUUUUUCUUCAAAUGCUUAAUGCCCAAAGUUCUGUUUGAUGAGGAAACUGUGGACCAGCUUAUAAUGGAAGCAAAAUUACUUUUAGGCCUCAUUCACACUGCCCUACAGCCUGAAGAACUCACCAACAUUCUGGAGAUAAGUAAUAUUGUAUUCACCAGCAUGUUUGCUCUGGAAAUGAUGCUCAAACUUUCAGCUUUUGGAUUUUUUGAAUAUCUCCGAAAUCCAUAUAAUAUCUUUGAUGGAAUUAUAGUCAUUAUAAGUGUCUGGGAGAUUAUCGGACAGAACGAUGGUGGGCUUUCAGUUUUAAGAACUUUUCGCCUUCUGCGAGUGUUGAAACUCGUACGGUUUAUGCCUGCACUGAGACGGCAGCUGGUAGUAUUAAUGAAGACGAUGGACAAUGUGGCUACAUUUUGCAUGCUCCUCAUGCUCUUUAUCUUCAUCUUUAGUAUUCUUGGAAUGCAUAUUUUUGGAUGUAAAUUCAGCCUAAGGACAGAUUCCGGAGACACUGUACCUGAUCGGAAAAACUUUGACUCUCUACUGUGGGCUAUUGUAACAGUCUUCCAGAUCCUGACCCAGGAAGACUGGAACGUGGUACUUUAUAAUGGCAUGGCCAGUACAUCUCCAUGGGCAGCUCUCUACUUUGUGGCUCUCAUGACAUUUGGAAAUUAUGUUCUCUUCAAUCUUCUGGUUGCCAUUUUGGUAGAAGGAUUCCAAGCAGAGGGGGAUGCUAACCGGUCUUAUUCUGAUGAAGAAAGAAGCUCUUUAAAUAUUGAAGAGUCUGAUAAAUAUCAUGAAAUUCAGGCUGGGUCUGAUCCAAAGCUUUGUACAGCUCCAGUGACACCAAAUGGACAUCUGGAAAGCACCCCUAUAAUAAGUCAACAGAUCACUGGUGGAGUCAUGAAUACGUCUAAAAAUUCUCUACAAAGGGAUCAAGUACUGGUAGCUCUGGACUGCAGGAAAAGCAGUGUAAUGUCUCUCGGUCGUAUGACCUAUGAUCAGAGGUCACAGGUAGGUUCACGGCCACCUCACUGGAACAGAAGUGGAGCUUGGGGCAGCCGCAGAUCAAGCUGGAACAGCUUGGGUCGUCGCACAAGUAUUAGGCCAAGACCAUGUACAGCUGAGCAUGAGUCUUUACUCUCUAGAGCAGAGUUCCACAGAGACAGAAGUCAUUCCAGGAGAGCAUCCAGCCUGAAACACAGGAGAGCAAUGUCGCUGGACAAUAAGGGCUCUACAGACAUUCCAGAACAUUCUGGACUUCAUACAAGCCAUAGGACACCCAGCAAAGGGACUAAUUCAGUUGGAGAAUAUCAAGAUUCCAGUGUAAAAACUCCCCAGAUCAUGAAGGAUGUUUUCCCCAAGAUGAACAACCGUAAGGAUAAGGAUGAAGAAGAAGAGGAAAUUGAUUAUAGUUUAUGUUUCCGAAUCAGAAAAAUGAUUGAGGUUUACCGACCGGAUUGGUGUGCAUUACGUGAAGACUGGUCAAUAUUCCUUUUCUCUCCUCAGAACAGGUUCCGCAUGAUGUGUCAAACGAUUAUUGCACACAAGCUUUUUGACUACGUGGUACUUGCAUUUAUUUUUCUCAACUGCAUCACCAUUGCUUUGGAAAGGCCUCAGAUUGAGCACAAGAGUACGGAGAGGAUGUUCCUCAGCAUAUCAAACUAUAUUUUUACUGCUAUCUUUGUAGCUGAGAUGACAUUGAAGGUGGUCUCCUUAGGAUUUUAUUUUGGAGGCAGGGCAUAUCUCCGCAGCAGCUGGAACAUUCUAGAUGGUUUCCUUGUCUUGGUAUCAAUGAUUGAUAUUGUGGUGUCUGUAGCAUCUGCUGGAGGAGCCAAAAUUCUUGGUGUUCUGAGGGUGCUGCGACUUCUACGAACAUUACGGCCUCUAAGAGUAAUCAGCAGAGCUCCAGGCCUGAAACUGGUGGUGGAAACCUUAAUAUCUUCUUUGAAACCAAUCGGAAAUAUUGUCCUGAUUUGUUGUGCCUUCUUCAUUAUUUUUGGGAUCCUUGGGGUGCAGCUUUUUAAAGGUAAAUUUUUCUACUGCCUUGGUGUAGAUGUUCGAAAUGUUACCAACAAGUCAGACUGUGAGGCUGCCAAUUAUAAAUGGGUUCAUCACAAGUACAACUUCGAUAAUCUAGGGCAGGCUUUAAUGUCACUUUUUGUUUUGGCAUCAAAAGACGGAUGGGUUAAUAUUAUGUAUAAUGGUCUUGAUGCAGUCUCUGUGGACCAGCAGCCCAUUACCAAUCACAACCCGUGGAUGUUGCUGUAUUUUAUCUCCUUCCUACUUAUUGUUAGUUUCUUUGUACUCAACAUGUUUGUGGGUGUAGUAGUAGAGAAUUUCCAUAAGUGCCGCCAACAUCAAGAAGCAGAGGAAGCCCGAAGACGAGAGGAAAAGCGCCUGAGACGCUUGGAAAAAAAAAGAAGGAAAGCCCAGCGUCUGCCAUAUUAUGCCACCUACUGCCCUGCGCGCCUCUUAAUUCACUCCGUCUGCACAAGUCAUUACUUGGAUAUUUUCAUUACGAUCAUCAUUUGCCUUAAUGUUAUCACAAUGUCCUUGGAGCACUACAGCCAACCAAAGUCUCUUGAAAUUGCUCUGAAGUACUGCAACUACAUGUUUACUACAGUCUUUGUACUUGAAGCUGUGCUGAAACUGACAGCCUUUGGAUUUCGAAGAUUUUUCAAGGACAGGUGGAACCAGCUGGAUCUGGCCAUUGUGCUCCUUUCUGUAAUGGGAAUCACUUUGGAAGAAAUAGAAAUCAAUGCAGCUUUGCCCAUCAAUCCUACCAUUAUCCGCAUUAUGAGAGUGCUGCGCAUCACUAGAGUGCUGAAGCUGCUGAAAAUGGCAACAGGCAUGAGGGCAUUACUGGACACUGUCGUACAAGCUCUCCCACAGGUAGGAAACCUGGGCCUUCUCUUCAUGCUUCUCUUCUUUAUUUAUGCAGCUCUUGGAGUAGAGCUGUUUGGUAAACUUGUUUGCAAUGCUGAUCAUCCUUGUGAGGGAAUGAGCCGCCACGCCACCUUUGAAAACUUUGGGAUGGCCUUCUUGACUCUCUUUCAGGUUUCUACUGGAGAUAAUUGGAAUGGAAUAAUGAAGGACACACUACGUGACUGCACCAGUGAUGACCGCAGCUGCUUGAGCAACCUGCAGUUCAUCUCACCUCUUUACUUUGUCAGUUUUGUGCUCACAGCCCAGUUUGUACUAAUAAAUGUAGUGGUUGCUGUAUUAAUGAAGCACCUGGAUGACAGCAAUAAAGAAGCACAGGAGGAUGCAGAGCUGGAUGCUGAGAUUGAGUUGGAGUUAGCUCACGGACUUUGUUCUCAGGCAUCACCUGUGUCUGCUUUAGAUAAUGGGGGACGUGGAGGAAGACCAGCCACAGAAGGGCAUCGUAGUUUAAGAUGUUUUUCUCCAGCCCAGGAGAACUUGUGGCUUGACAGUGUUUCAUUGAUAAUUAAAGACACAUUCGAAGGGGAAUUGAUGAUAAUUGACAAUUUAUCUGGAUCGGUUUUCCAUCACUAUUCUUCACCAGCAGUGUGUGAAAAAUGUAACCACGACAAGCAUGAGGUCCAGCUGGCAGAAAUGGAGGCCUUUUCUUUAACCUCUGACAAGUCCUCUUCAGUACUGACAGAUGAUCUCAGUUCAGAAGAUCAAGGUGUCACAAGUCAGUUAAAGGAGAUGAAGCUAGGGAGGGACCCACCAGAGCAUGGUGUGUGGGGUGAGAAUGUUUUUCCCCAUAGUUCUCUUAAGGGUAGUCCAGACUCUGAACAAUACUUAUGUGAGAUAGACAAGAUCUCAUUAACCCCAGCAGAGUCUUGGGACAGCUGGCUAAAAGAAGAAAGCAACCCAGCAUCCCCUCCACAACCUCCUUUGUUAGGAGAUCCAUUGAUUCCUUUGUUACCAAUCCCUGCUGAGUUCUUCCAUCCUGCCAUCCCUACUACAGAAAAGGAUCCAGAGGAUCUGGCACUCCAAAAAAGUAUCCCUAAACUUUCUUCUCCUGAGUCUUGGGCUACUCUUCAUUCCCCAGAUGUCAAAUGUUCACUUCAUAGACAGCCAACAGAAAGCAAUUCAUCAAUGGAAAGUGGAAGUGCAAGUUCUGAGGACAGCUUACAGACUACUCUUGAGGAUAGCUUGAAUCUAAGCGACUCUCCGCAGUGCACCAUGGACCUCCCUGAUCUGCGUGUAUCUCCUACAACCCAUCAUACUACCCUUCCUAUAUCUUCUCUUUCAAUUAUGCAGAGGAGGAGCAACCGUCCUAGCUUUGCACUUCAGAAGGUUCGACGCCACCAACGGAGCCAUAGCAGUGGUGGCAGCACUAGUCCUGGAUGUACUCUUCAUGACUCCAUGGACCCUUCUGAUGAAGAAGGUGCUGGUGGAAGUCUUAGAGGAACAAGUGAGCCUUCAGAGACUCUUAGUAGCUUAUCAUUAACAUCUCUGUUUUCACCCCCACCCUCCUUAGCACCACCUGGGGGUGCCAUAAAAAAAUGCAGCAGCGUAAACAGUCUUUCUGUUGCCCCCUCUAGGGUAAGAGGAGCAAAGCAGUUUUACGCAGUCGAUCCACAGGGCUUCCUUUCAAUGCCAUCAUGGGUGAUGGAUUUUUACCAAACUUCUAUUCCCUCAGAAAACCAAGAAAACCGUAGUAGUACUGGAAAACUGCCAACUGAAAGAGGGAUACCUACUGGUAGUGUCUCAGGAAAUGUGGCCUUUGGCAAUAAUAAUAGGCGGAACAGAUGAGAUUUUGUUUUCUUUUAUUAGGUGGGAGGCAGGUCAUUUUCCUGGGAUAUGAAUUCCUAACUCUGAAAACAGGAGAAAUGGCCUUAAAUCUCUCAAAUUGACCAGCAGAAAAUGCUAUAUUACCUCACUGUGUGAGCCAGCCAAGCAAUGCAACUGAAGAGAGGAGAGGUUACGUUGGCUGAGCUCUCGGGCUCUAUAGUGGAAGAACCGCUGUACUGUAUCUAGCCUUUGGGGCUAUUACAUAUAGUAAAUAAUAUAUAUAUAUAUAUUAUUUUAUUUAUAUAUAUUUUAUUUUUACUGUUGCUUGGGACUUCCUGACAGUUUGUAAUAUAAAAAGUAUCUUUAUGUGGCAAUACAAAUUAUUUGGUGACGAGAGACAAUUAUCUUGUUUUUUGAAAAUCCUUGUUCUUUCUGUCUAAUGUACACAUACAACAAACGGAUUUUUAUACUUAGCAUUUUUGAAAGGAAGGUUAACAUGAAUGCCACAUACAGCUC